AUGUCUCUAGAGGCCAUUAGAUUCAGAUCUUCUCCAAAAGCUUCUCUUUCUAUUCUGAACCAAUUGCAGUUGCCGUAUCAGUCAACAUAUCUUGAUAUCGACUCAAUUGCUCCUAUUGAAAAAUUGACUAAUUUUUCCGGUUAUGAGGCAAUCAAGGGGAUGUAUACACGUGGAGCACCUGCAAUUAUGCUUGUUGGAUGUUUUUCCAUCGUUGUUGAACUAGAUAGGGUUCUUCAUGGAAACAGCAGAGAUGAUGUGGCAUCUUCUUUUGGGUACGAUUUGGAGAGCGUUGAUAAUUUCAAAAGUCGACUAUCCGAAAGAAUUGAUGAGUUAAUUCUAUCACGCCCUACCGCAGUCAAUUUGGCAAACGGCUGCAACCAAGUAAAAGAAAUAAUAGACGACUUUCCGAAUGGUGAUUCCAAUUUAGAGGAGUUGUACAGAAGUAUUUUGCAGUUUUCUGAAAAUUUAUAUAAACAGGACUAUCAAUCUAAUAUUGAAAUUGGUCAAAACGGUUUACAAUAUGUUAUUGAUGUAUUAACAGAGGAAAAUUUCAAGGGCCCUUUUUCAGUGAUGACUAUCUGUAACACUGGCACAUUAGCAACUUCUGGACAUGGUACGGCAUUAGGUAUAAUUCGUCAUUUGCAUAAGUAUCUUAGAAAGGAAGUAUCGAAUUAUGAUUUCUACUUCGAGCAUACUUACCCUUGUGAAACUAGGCCUUACAAUCAAGGCUCGAGGUUAACAUCUUAUGAGUUAAAGUAUGAGAAAAUUCCACAUACUCUAGUUACUGAUAAUAUGCCAUCUUUUCUUAUUGACAAUUUGAAUAGGCCAGAAUAUCACGCUAAUCAAUAUAUUAGAGAAAAUUUGCAAUCCAAAGCACCUGUUAGAUUCAUCUUUGUUGGCUCUGAUAGGAUUGUCAAAAAUGGUGACUUGGCAAAUAAGAUUGGAACAUUCCAACUAUCUCUCAUUUCUAAGUUUUAUAGUGAAGUUAAAUUUGUUGGGGCAGCCCCAACAACCACUAUUGAUUAUGAAACUGAAUCUGGAGAUAGCAUUAGAAUUGAGGAACGUCCGAAGGAUGAACUAACAAUGGUCUUGGGUGCUAAAAUGUCGGGCAAUGAAUUCUCAAUAGACGCUACCACUGGUGAUGUUCUUCUUGAGCGUGUAAGAAUGGCACCUUUAGAUAUCAAUGUGUGGAAUCCUUCGUUUGACGUCACACCUCAUGAGAAUAUCGAUUGCAUAGUAACGGAAAAUGGAUACUACAUAAAAGAUAAUUCGGGUGACUUCAAAUUAUGA